AUCAUACGAAGCCUUGAGAAAGAGCGAGAAGGAGAGACAGAGGCGGAGAGAAUGGGUUCAAGGGUAACACUGAAGAGCAAAGGCAAGAGCGUAAAGGGAGCAAAAGCAGCGGAGGAGAAAUCAACGGCGGAUUAUUUGAAAGAGUGGAGCACAUGGACCAUGAAAAAGGCUAAAGUCAUCACUCACUACGGUUUCAUUCCUCUCGUUAUCAUCAUCGGCAUGAACUCCGAUCCCAAACCCCAGCUCUAUCAGCUCCUCAGCCCCGUCUGAUAAGCUUCCUUUCUGUUUGAUUUUAUUAAUAUAAAUGAAAGGCUUUUUAUCUGUCGAGUCUACAUGAUUUGAGGAAAUUAGGUUUUGUUUCAUGUGACUUUACUUUCUUGUUUGCUAUGUAACUUUAUGGAUUCCUCCCAUCUAUCAUAAUAACUACAAUUUGAAUUCUAUA